AUGACGAUUUGCGCUAUAAAAGUGUGCAGGAAUUACAAAGGACGAUUGAAAACAACCAAAAAAGUUACCUAUCAUCGAAUACCUAAAGAUCCUAUUUUAAGAAGUAAGUGGAUAGAAAUUAUAAGAGAAAGCCGCGGAGAGGAUCUCUGGCAACCAUCUAAAACAGCAGUUAUUUGCUCUGAUCAUUUCCGUGCCAAAGACCUGUAUUUUGCCAACAACCAAAGUCGUCAAAGGUUAAAAAAGGAAGCUAUCCCGUGCAAGGCAUUAUUCUUAACGUCAUUAGAAACAGAUGACGAUGAAAGUAACAGCUUAAUUGAAGAAACGGGAAGAAAGAGCGAUUGUGUAACAAAUGUUUUCGAUGAUGCAAAAAUUUUGGUAUCCAAUGAAGACGGAUCUUUACGUGCUACAAAAAAUAAUCAAUAUGCUUCUUCUUGUUGUAUGGAAACUUCUAACAUCAACGUUAGCAAUUUUACGGGCAUAGAAUCUGCCAGUGCUAGUAGUCAUAUACCUGGGCAAGCAACUGAUAGUAAAAUCGGAGAUGGACGGAAAAAAGAAAAUGAAAGUGAUAUCAUUGAUGAUUUUUCUGAUCUUGAAUCUAUUUUCGAUACUCCAAAAAAAAUUAAAUUGCGUCAAGAAUUACGAAGAAGAAUACGUUGCAUUAAUGCGACAGUUUCAUCGUUGAGGAAAGAUGACGACGACGAGGAGGAGAGUGAAAAUAUCGCCAACAAUUUUAAUGAACAUGAAGGCAGUAAAUUUCAGCUAUUAGAUGAUUCGCAAUUAUCUGAAUACACACAACAAAUUGUUGGAUACAUAGCAGGUUUCGUUGUUAGAUGUUUACGUAAACAGGUAAAAUGUGUCGCUUGCAUUGAAAGUCUCAUAUCAAAUAAACCAUUGCAAUACCAUAAAUUGGUUAAUAUGCGUGAUGAAGGUGGACUUAUUUACGCCUCUCAUGAUGUAUAUCAUGUAUGUAAAACUGCUGAAAGUGUUAUAAGGAAGUUUAUUAAACAAGAUUUUAUAAUGACGCCCAUCAAUUAUGCAAAAAUAGUAUCCACUGUAAUGAAACAAUUUGUUGGAGGUACUAAUUAUUUUGAAGUGAAAACUGAUCAUGUCUGCGGCCUUCUGCAUCAAGUUAAUUUAAUAAGACUGGUUGUGGAAAAAUAUUUGGAUUUAAGAUAUUACUAUAAGACAAAAUUGGAUAAUAACAACCGGGAUGUGACAUCUAAACGAAAACUGUUUAAAAAACAAAUUCAACGAGAAGGUCACUAA